GGCGACUGCAAGUGCCACAGUGAAGAUGGAGGAUUUCUUAGCCACGGUACGAUCCAUUUCUGCCGAUAAAGAUUACGUCCAACUUGCAGAUUAUUUAAACAGAUCUAAUGAUUUAUUAGCCAAGUAUGCAGGCCAGAUUGAUGCUGCGAUUGCAUCACUUGAUCCUGAUCAGCAUUCAUUGGCAUUCAUGGCUCUAUUGUUGGUGAAACUAUCCUUACCAAAUUAUGGAGACUUUGAGUUGUUAUUCAGUCAGAUUCAGCAGUUCAUAACAAUUUGCUCAAAGGAACAAAUCCAAUUUGCUGGGGAUAAGUUUGCUCACCUGUGUCAUUUCAUAACGCAUUGCUUAGUGGAUCUCAAGCAGCCAAUGAGAGGGAUAAGAAUGAUGUGUAUUGCAAUAAAAAAGGCACAGCAGUCCCCUACACAACUGACUUCAAUUCAUUCAGAUCUUGCACAGCUUUGUUUACUUGCCAAGUGUUUAAAGCCAGCCCUCCCCUUUCUGGAUACAGAUAUAACAGACAUUCACAAAGAGGGUGGGAAGUAUGAUGCAAAGGCAUUACUCAGUUAUUGUUAUUAUGGUGGAAUGAUUUACACAGCUCUGAAAAAAUUUGAAAAAGCUUUGUACUUUUAUGAAGUGGCAGUCACCUGUCCAGCUGUUGAUGUUAGUCAUAUAAUGUUGGAAUCAUACAAAAAGUUCAUCCUAGUUUCUCUCAUUCUUCAUGGAAAGAUUAUGGACCUUCCAAAAUACACUUCACAUGUGGUAAUGAGAUUUCUUAAGCCUCUGAGUGCUUCAUAUCAUGAACUUGCAUCAAGUUACUCUUCAAACACUCCUAAUGAGGUUCGAACAGUAGCUACAAAGAAUGAGGAAACAUUCAGAACAGACAACAACGUUGGUCUGGUGAAGCAAGUGGUUAGCUCUCUAUAUAAGAAGAAUAUUCUCAGGCUUACAAAGGUAUUUUAACUGACAAGUUAAACUUCAAAAAGGAAUACAUAGUUACAAAACUGAGAAAUGGGAACAGGUUUAGGUGGAGACUUGCAUUCAUUGCAUUCCAAAGCAGGUGUGUUGGACAUUAGAAAGUUCUUUGACUGGGUUCAGUUUUAAAAUAGAAAAGUUAAGAGCGUGGGAUUCAAAAGUGAAUUUGACAAUGUUCAUUAGGUUCCAGUACUUAGUGGCAAUUGACAAGAAAGCAUUUUGGGUCCA